GCCAGCACACUGAGAACAACAUGGAUGGUCUGCCACUGGACAAUUUCACUUUUGAUGACAACGGGACUUUUAAUGUGACAGAAGUGGAGGACCAAAGCCAGGUUCUCGGGCUUCGAAUGAGCUUAACGGCAAGUGUCCUGGUUGGCACUGUCCUCAGCUGCAUAUGUCUCCUAACAAUAGCAGGCAACAUCCUCGUAGUGCUGGCAGUCUGCCUGGAACGCAGCCUGCGCACGAACAUCGGCUACUUCUACAUCAACCUGGCGAUAGCAGACCUCCUGUUGGGCUGCCUGGUGCUGCCGUUCUCCGCCGCGAGGGAGCUGCUGAACUACUGGCCGUUUGGAGAAGCUCUGUGCGAGCUGUGGGCCGCGGUGGACGUGCUCUGCUGCACCGCGUCCAUCUUCAGCCUCUGCAGCAUCAGUCUCGACCGGUACAUCGGAGUCACCCGACCCCUCCACCACAACAUGAUCGUCACCAAGCGGCGAGUGGUGGUCAUCCUCGUCGCUGUUUGGGCAAUCUCUGCCGCCAUCUCCGUCGGCCCUCUCUUCGGUUGGAAGCACCCGAAGUCCUAUCAGAACAGUCAGUGUAAUAUCAACGGCAGUCCGAGCUACAUCAUCUUCUCUGUCGUGGGCUCUUUCUACGUCCCCGCAUUCAUCGUUCUGUACGUCUACCGCCAGGUGUACCGAGCCGCCGUGAGGGAGACGUCCAAGCUGAUGAUAACGCUGAAGGCCCAGGAGGACAGGAAUCCUGCGUCGGCAGAAUCCGUCCGAAUCCACCGGGGAAAAACCGUCACCGCCGAAAGUCGUCAGUCUCCUCCACGACUAAGUCCCAACUCAAGCAAGCCCCGGAUGGUGAAGGAGGCUCUCGGCUCCGUGAAGAACAGGAUCGAGAAGUUCACAAAGGAGAAGAAGGCCGCAAAGACAGUUGGCAUCAUCGUAGGCGUCUUCCUCGUCUGCUGGCUUCCCUUCUUCAUCAUGUACCCCAUAGACUCAAUGAUUGUGAAGGUCCCAGAGCUCCUCAUCACUAUGGCCUUCUGGCUCGGCUACUGCAACAGUUUCCUCAACCCCAUCAUUUACGCAUGCUCCAACGGUCACUUCCGGCGAGCCUUCCGCCGCGUCCUGCUCUGUGGGAAGAGGCAGAGCCGGUUCCCCACCAUGCGCUCCGAGGACUACACCCUCUCCAGCCGCUCCUCAUGCCGACGGGUACAUUCAAACUAUUCAUCACAGGGAAGCAGCAAAAGACAGCAGCUCAAAAUCCAGCUGCAGGAAUUGACAGUAUCGUGAAACGCCGCACGAAACAACAAGGAAUAAUCAGAUCCGUGCGACAGAAAGUCACAAACUAGCACCAAACAAGCACCAGAUCUUAAGGUGUUUUGACUGUAACAUAUGAGCUAACACAACAGAAACAGAGAUUAAAACUCGAGGGUAGCGAGAUCCUUCCCACGCCAAAGAACCGAAUCAAAUCACAAGAUCGUGACUUUAGGGUAAAGGGAUCGCCAAACAACCGAUUGAGAUCACAAGAUCCGGACUUUAGGGUAACGGAAUCACUUCCUCAUCAAACAGCCACAUCAGAUCGCAAGAUGAUUCACUCCCACGCGUCCACAAAACAACCGGAUCAGAACACAAGAUCGGGACUUGCAAUGGAUGGGAGGUAACGGGAUCACACCCAAGCCAAACACCCGGAUUGCAAUUGACUACUACACACCAAACAUUCGGAUCAAAUCACAUGGUCCGGACUUGAGUGUACCUGAAACACUUCCAUGCCAAACAAUCAUGUAUUAGGUCACCAGAUCGGAACUCUGCAUCCUAACUUCAUCAGCUAGAAUUUGGAAGAUUCAUCGGUGAGGACAUCACCUGAUGUUAUCUUUGCUUGAUUAACAAGUGUCUUAGGUGUUAAGUCGUGAACUGAAGUGGCUUGAGACGUUACACGCGUAUUGUAUCAGUUGAUCUAAUUAGUUGAUUUAAUCUGAUUUGUUGUUUAUAUGUAAUGAAUAAUGCACCCAUAAGCCCAUAGAUAUGCUAACCGUCCUGUUAAUGAUGUUCUUUAUUUGCAUGUUCCUGCCCAUGUGGGCUAAAUGCAACACAUCCCAUGAUAGGAUACUACUAAGUACUAUUACAUGUAGUAUUACAAUUGAAUAAACAAUACAUCUGGAGCUAGCACUAUAUCUAACGUUUACAUACCUCUUCCCUUUUCUUAAAACAUAUGUAUACGAACUCACAGAGAUUUUGUUGUACAAUGUUAUCUGUGGUUGUCAUUAUACGUACAAGCAGGUUUUCGUUGGUUAACUCUUUACAUCGUGUAUCUACACUGAGAGCACUGAUGCACUAAUGUGUUAAUGUACUAUCGAUACACAGCCCAUGCACUCCUGUGUCGUACAUGUAAGGUGGCUAAAUAGAGCAUGAAUUCGAAGUUGUGACAGGGCCCAGCUGGGCUGAACCAGAUGUUUCUCUUUAAUUACUAUCAAUUUGAGUAAAUCGUUAGCACGAUAGUUUCAGACAGCACAUCAUAACGGCCUUGCCCUCGUUUGUUGUAUCACAGGAAUACGAAUCAGCUAAGAUGUGAUGUUGAGUGUUAUUGUGUGUGUGGCAUCUCAUGUUGGGAAUGGCACACAUGUGCCGUAUGUGCUGUACAGAUGACUUGUUGCCAAUAUUGUUGUCUGACAAUAUUGUUAAUUAAUUUUUUUCUGUGAAAGGAUGAUCGUGA